UAUCGCAAGAAUCACGGGAUCCGCCAUCUUUUCUUGUAUUCGUCUUCCGGAUUUGAUCUUUGCUUUGUGAUUCUCCUCCAGAUCGCAAAGAUGGCAGCAACAGGACCGUACAAUUACUCCUAUAUUUUCAAAUAUAUUAUAAUAGGUGAUAUGGGUGUUGGAAAGUCAUGCCUCCUUCAUCAAUUUACAGAAAAGAAAUUUAUGGCUGACUGUCCUCAUACAAUUGGUGUGGAGUUUGGAACAAGAAUUAUUGAAGUUGCUGGUCAAAAAAUCAAACUUCAGAUAUGGGACACGGCUGGACAAGAAAGAUUCAGGGCUGUCACAAGAAGCUAUUACAGGGGUGCAGCAGGAGCACUCAUGGUAUAUGACAUCACAAGGAGAAGUACAUACAAUCAUCUCAGUAGCUGGUUAACAGAUGCAAGAAACCUUACCAAUCCUAACACUGUUAUAUUUCUUAUUGGUAAUAAAUCAGACCUCGAUGCACAGAGAGAUGUCACAUACGAAGAAGCAAAACAAUUUGCAGAAGAAAAUGGUUUGUUAUUCUGUGAAGCUAGUGCAAAAACGGGUGAAAAUGUUGAAGAUGCUUUCCUAGAAACAGCUAAAAAGAUUUACCAAAAUAUUCAAGAUGGAAGUUUGGAUCUGAAUGCCGCCGAAUCAGGUGUCCAACACAAACCAAUGACAGGCCGGCCAGCCAAUGCUUUGAACACAGACCAACAGCCAAACCAAGACAAGUGUGCUUGUUGAUAAAUCCACAAUCCUCUUGUACAGUCUUUUACAAUGUAAUUAAGAAAAGCCUAAACUAAAACAAACCAACAUCUUCACAUCCCUUAGCAUAAAUAACACCAAGAUAAAGCCACCUGAAGAAAAUUCAACAUCUCAGUGGUGGGGGUAUACUCUAUAUUUUAUCUAAGCACCUUCUCUUGAGGUGUGUCAUCCCCCCUAUAAGCGAGUCUAUUCUCUUAAUAGUCAUAUUUUUCACAGUGGGGGGCUUUCCUUGUGUUUAAGAAUGUUACAUCAUGGUCUAGUACGGGUAUGAUUAUCAUUAAAUUUUGAUUAACCUAAUAAGGUCGAAUGCCAUGUCCAAUCUAGUUUCAAGAGUCAUUGGAGAGAAAAGCACUUCUCUCCCUGCCUGUGGGUGGCAUAGAUAGUYUUACAGAGUAAGUACCCAAGCUAGACCAUAAUGCAACAGGAGUAACAUCCAGUUUGAGCAAAUUCUAGAAAUUAGGAACUCUAUUUCUAUUAAAUCUAAUUAUAUUUCUCAA